AUGGCAGGCCUCAGCGCAGGCUACGACCUAUCCGUUUCGACCUUCUCCCCCGAUGGGAGGCUCUACCAAGUGGAGUACAUAUACAAGGCCAUCAACAACAACAACAGUGCCCUUAGUCUGGAGUGCCGAGAUGGGUUAAUCACCUGCUGUGUAAAUUCAAAUUUACUUAAGAACAAAAUGAUAAAACCAAAUAGCUACAAUAGGAUCUAUCACAUAAAUAACAACGUGAUGGUAACUUAUGCAGGACUAGAUGGAGACGCGAGAAAUAUAAUAGAUCGGGCCAAGUAUGAAGCGAAUAGCUACUACCUUAAUUUUCACACGAAUAUACCUUUGCACAUUUUAGCUAACCGCAUUUCGCUUUAUAUUCACUCGUUCACGUUGUACUGGCACUUGAGGCCUUUUGCCUCCUCCAUCAUACUGGCGUCAUUCGACGAGAAGGAGAAAGGAGAAAUUUACUGUGUGGAACCUAACGGAGCCUGCUACAAGUAUAGCGGAGUAGUCAUUGGGAAAAACAAGGAAAUGUUUAAGACGGAAAUAGAAAAGAGAAACUACAAAGAAGUAGAUGUGAAGGAAGCUCUCGUGGAUAUAUACAAGAUGAUUUUAACAAGUGAUGAUCAUCUGAAUAAAAACAACUUACCUGACCUCCUAAACUUUUCUUGGAUCUGCAAAGAAUCUUCUUAUGAAUAUCAGAAUGUUGACACUGAGACGUUGAAUGAAGCUAUGCGCUUGGCCGUGGAGUCGAUGGAGCAGUCAAAUCAGUAG